AUAUCUCACAGUCCAUAGCCCAGGCUUGCAGCGCCUAUCGAUCCCUCAGGUAUAUUUGGUUGAGUUAUUCGGCAAUCCAUCUCUUGUCCGCAAUCGCCCAGGGGAGCCGACGCCAUGGGCGCAACAGUCUCGGCUAUCAAGACCCUGAUUGUCCCGGCAAUUGUCUCGCUCCUUCUUUUCCUCAUCUCGACUUUCGUACUCGUCCCCUUGUGGCAACGAUACCGCAACCGAUACAGCCAGUACCUCCCGCUCGAAACGAUAUCGAACCAAACACUAUCACUUCGCGCAAGGAUGCAAGGCGCGAUGGCCCGUUUUAUGACACCGUCAGUGUGGAGAGCUAGAGUUUCCGAGCGCGUCGCUGUGGCCGAGCGAGGCUCAUUCGACUCGGAAGAGGGGGAAGAGCUCAGCGAGGUGGAUGAGCCUAUCGGAAGGAGGGUCCUGGAUCAGCAGAGGGGUAGUAAUACUAUCGACAGCUCGAGGAGACUAAGUAGAGACUUGGAGGAAGGGUUCAUGGACGAUAGUGACGAAGAGGACUGA